CCGGAUGUUGCCAGUUUAGUCAUCCGGGCAGCUGAUAGGCCGUUUAGCCCACUCAAGCUAACGCCGUCUGAAUAGACACAACCAUCUAAAUACUUUACAAUUAAUUACUCAUUUUGUUUUUUAUAACGCCAAAGAAUAACAAUGAUUAAAGCCAUCUUGAUAUUCAACAACCACGGGAAACCGCGGCUGAUUCGAUUCUACCAGUAUUUCGCGGAGGACAUGCAGCAGCAGAUCAUCCGGGAGACUUUCCACUUGGUAUCGAAGAGAGACGACAACGUCUGCAACUUCUUGGAGGGCGGAAGUCUAAUCGGUGGCUCAGAUUACAAGCUGAUCUACCGGCACUACGCAACCCUCUACUUUGUCUUCUGUGUGGACUCGUCUGAGAGCGAGCUCGGCAUCCUGGACCUGAUCCAGGUGUUUGUGGAAACACUGGAUAAAUGCUUUGAAAACGUCUGUGAGCUGGACCUCAUAUUCCACAUGGACAAGGUCCAUUAUAUCUUGCAGGAGGUGGUGAUGGGAGGCAUGGUGCUGGAGACCAACAUGAACGAGAUCGUCGCUCAGGUGGAGGUGCAGAACCGCAUGGAGAAGUCAGAGGGAGGUCUGUCGGCAGCCCCGGCUCGCGCCGUCUCCGCCGUGAAGAACAUGAACCUGCCCGACAUGCCCCGCAACAUCAACAUCGGAGACAUCAACAUCAAAGUGCCGAGCCUCUCCCCGUUCUGAGAAGCCUCCCGUCCGAGCUCUGCGGGGCUGAUGUACUACUGAUCCGCCCAGCUCUUCAGCGAAGGCAGAGGGGAGGGGGGGGUUUUCAUAAAUGUUUGAACGAACCACAGUGGCUUCCUGUCAUUCCAGUCAUUUCACGUGUACAGUAGAUCAGCUGUGGAUUAUUUUUUAAGUUCUAAUCUAUUACAUAAACAGUUACUCCAGUUGAUGGAUUUGCACAACAAUGUAAAAUUUGUUUCUAUAAAGCAUAAAGAGUAACAUUGCUAUCUUUA